UGAAAACACCUCAACACAAGGCAGUACCCUUUGUUGCUCUCUAGCUUUUUGUAUCAGUCCAGAUAUUUCAUCUUUUAACAUAUGCAAAAUUAUGAUAAUGACUUUCCAAAAGUGUAUGGUGUUGGUGUAAAAUGUUUCAGAGUUUCAUUAUUAUUCAUCUUUUCACGUAGCGGUACGAUCGCAUUGAAUUUAAGUAUCAGUGUAGUUGGUCGGCGUUCUUAGUUUGUUUCCAAAUAAUUUCAUCAUUUGAUUGAAGUCUUCAAGACCAGAAAUAUCUAUUGAAUGGUAAUUUAGUAAAAGUGUUGUAGUGGCCCGAAUAUGUGAUAUUGACUAGUUUGUACCUAAUACCGGUCUUUCGUUAUGGAUGAAACAGCCAAUGGAUUUAUAUAAUAGUUUUAUGUAGAAGCAGUAUUCACAUAUCGAUAGCGACAAUCAGUCCUUUGUAUUCAACCGCAAAGAUGCACCAAAUGACUGCACUAAUUGGACUAUCAAAAGAGAAUUCAGUGGUAGAGUCUACACACAGCUGCUGGGUCUUAUAAUUCGAUGUUGCUCUCAUUAAACUCCGUAUGAAGUACCUGAAAAAAAAAACUAAAGAUAUGAUGCAACCCAGUACUUCUACAGAGUCCUGGGACUUUCCAUGGCAAAACAAAAUGAGGAAAAAAAUACCUAAAAUAGUCUCUCCGAGAGAAAGAGGCAGACAUCCUGGAGAAGUCUGCUUUUUGAUGUGUUUUCUACGUCUUCUUAUGUUAACUUCUAGUCUAGUCUUAAUUGGUAUCUCAGUAUGGUCUAUAGUAAUAAAAAUAAAACAUUAUCGAUACUUAUUUGAUAUAAGAGUCGAUAUACCUUACUUCAGUCUACCGGCGGGUAUUUUGCUUCUGCCAGGCGUCUGGCUAGCCUCUUAUAUACAUAGUAAUCGAAAAAGAAGACUCUAUAUACUUCUGCUAUUAGGUGUAAUAACUUUAACCAGUAUCUUGGUUAUAGUCGGGUCAACCAUAGGUUUCUUGUACAGCAUCGAGGAUGCUAAUGGAGAAUGGCAUGUAACUAAUUCUUUCGAUCUUCCCGAUUUGAACAAAUCGGUGAGUCAUUCAUUUUACCAAUUCAACAGCAGUAAAAACCACCAGAAGGCAUGGAAUAACAUGCAACAACGUCUCGAGUGCUGUGGAAUUUCAAGCUACAAUGAUUGGACGGCUAUAGGGUUAGAUAUUCCAAGUUCUUGCUGUGAUAAUCUCAAUUGUACAUCAAAAGCAUACUUUACAAGUUCCUGUUUGGAUUUACUCAGUCGAGACCUAUGGUGGCACGAGAAUAUCCUAAAAUCUCAAUGCUAUAUUAUGGCAGUCAUAGAGAUUGGCAAAGGAGUACUAAUCCUAGGAGUUUAUAUAUCUGACAAAUUAUCAAUGCCACACUGAGGCUUUAGUCUAUUUUAUUUUUUUAAGAAUAUAACGGUCAAAUCUAAGGGACCGUGUGCCAUUGUGAUUUUUUUAAAUGUAAGACGAAAUAUUUUUUUAUCUGAAAUAAAGUUUUAUUAAAAAAGA